UACAACUUUAAAAUCCCUUGUUUCUUCCAAUGACACGCUGCAGACAGUUAGUUCCUUAAUGGGCCAAUGCAUUCGGGUAUUCCCCUGCAGGAGACAAUUGUCACUCUCAUGCAUGAGAGGAAGAGGCGGAGUGUCUAUUCUUCUCCCAGCUCUGCCACACUGUCAUAGCCAGAGAUUUUAAGGCCAGAAGGGACUCAACCAGACUGACCUCCUGCAGAACACAGUCCGGAGAACCUCGCCCAGUGACGCCUGCAUCCAGCCAAUAACUUGUGGCUGAGUCAGAACAGAGCUGUUGGAAAGAGACAGACAGCCUUGAUUUACAGACUCGGAGAGAUGGAGGAUCCACCAGGGCCCUGGCAGAAACCCAGGAAGGUCACAUCUCAGCCAGGAGAAGAUUCUCUGAAUUGCCCUCUGCCCCCCGGCUGGCAGAGCUACAUGUCUCCCCAGGGCCACAGGUACUAUGUGAACACCUUCACCAACGAAACCACGUGGGAGCGGCCGAGCAGCGUGCCUGGGACCCCCAGGAGCCCCGGGAGCCAGAAGAGUGCUGUGCCUGCAGCGAAUGGAUAUCACACCCCUGUGACGCCCAUGCAUCAAAUGGAGCCUGGUCAUAUGAGUCUCCGAAAACCCAGCGGGGACCCACAGAGUCCGGGGUCGCCGCGCGUGCCCAGGAGGCUGGCCAGGGAGAGCUCACGGACGAUAAACUGCGUGACUUUUCCCCACCCAGACACAAUGCAAGAACAGCAGUUGCUGAAACCCACUGAAUGGAGCUACUGUGAUUAUUUCUGGGCUGAUAAGAAGGAUCCGCAAGGGAACAACACAGUAUCGGGGUUUGAAAUUCUGCUCCAAAAGCAACUCAAGGGGAAACAAAUGCAAAAAGAAAUGGCAGAGUUUGUUCGAGAAAGGAUAAAGAUUGAGGAAGAAUAUGCCAAGAACUUGUCCAAACUGUCUCAGAACUCACUGGCUGCUCAAGAAGAAGGCACCCUAGGAGAGGCCUGGGCCCAGCUGAAGAAAAGUCUGGCAGAUGAGGCAGAGGUUCAUCUCAAAUUUUCCUCUAAGCUCCAGAGUGAGGUGGAGAAACCACUGCUCAACUUCAGAGAGAACUUUAAGAAAGACAUGAAGAAAUAUGACCAUCACAUCGCGGAUUUACGGAAGCAGCUGGCUAGUCGCUACACAGCAGUAGAAAAGGCCCGGAAAGCCCUGACAGAGAGGCAGAAGGAUCUGGAAAUGAAAACCCAGCAGUUGGAGAUAAAGCUCAGCAACAAGGCAGAAGAGGAGAUCAAGAAAGCGAGGCGGAAGUCCACUCAGGCUGGAGAUGACCUAAUGCGUUGUGUGGAUCUUUAUAAUCAAGCCCAAUCCAAGUGGUUUGAAGAAAUGGUGACCAGCACUCUGGAGCUGGAAAGGCUGGAGGUGGAGCGGGUGGAAAUGAUUCGGCAGCACCUUUGCCAGUACACACAGCUGCGGCACGAGACAGACAUGUUCAACCAAAGCACAAUAGAUCCUGUCGAUCAGUUACUUCAAAAAGUGGAGCCUGCCAAAGACAGGGAACUGUGGGUACAAGAACACAAAACUGGAGAUAUCAGACCUGUGGACAUGGAAAUAUAGACUGAUCUGAUUAGUGAUAUGUGAGGGGUUUGCUGGUUUAACCAGGCUAAUGGGUCCUGUAAAGGGUCAGAAGACAUACAGGACGGCGAAAGGGUUGCUCUGCUACCAGAUACCUUGUAUUUAUUGUCUGUAGGGAGUAUCUCUGUCACAUUUGAUCAUCACAUCAGUUCCCAUUGUGCUAUGCCUUAAGCUCCCAACAUUCCAGGGUUAAGAAGCCAGAUGUCUGUUCUUCCUGUCAGAAGUUUCCAGCUGCCAGGAGAAACCGAGGCCCUUGCUUCCUGGUACAGAGAGAGCUCUGUUCUUCAGUGACUCUGCACUACACCCAUUGCAUGACUCUCUUUGUGUAGAAUGUAAUAACAGCCAUGCAGCAAGCCUCUGCCAUGGAAGCAGACUAGUCAUUUGACUAUGAUGCUGGAAGCAAGGAGCUCCUGAACAUGGAUCCCAGCACUGCCACUGCUCAGCUGGAUGGCCUUGGGCACAUCACAUAACUUUUCUGUUUCCUCCAUUUAUAAUAAGGGGCUCAUAAUACUUACCUACCUCACAGGGGUGUUGUGAGGGUACAUUGAUUUUGUAUAAUACUUUUUAGCACAACUACCUUGCUGCGGUAGUAUGUCUGAGUGCAGGGAGGGACGGGCUCUUCCCCAAAGCAGUAAACAAGGCAAAAGGCUAGGAGAAAACCCCACAGUGGAAAGACACCUGUUCAAGCCCUUCCUGUUUUAUAAUCCCACUCAGAGACAUAUAGACCCUCUAUCAUCUCCAUUUCUCUUUGAGGCUAACAGAAAGUAAGACUGAAAGGGACCUCUUGCACCAUCUAUUUACAAGGAAGAACUCGGUUGUGCUGUAGCUACCUCAUUAAUUGUCUGGUUGACUUAAGUGACAAAAAGAGGACGCCUACCAUGGAAUAAAUUUGAUCUUCAGGUCCAUUUCUACCUAUAUAGUGUGAUGUCCUACAGUCUCUGCUUUCUGCAGGAUCUUCUAAUGCUCCCUUUGGGAGGUCAUUUCCCAACCAAAUGGAUCCAAGUUUAAAUUAGCCUUUGUUUAAUUUCCUUGAAAUAACUCCUAGCUUGUAGCCUUUUGGAUGCCCAUGCACUCUCUGUCUCUCCAUCUCUUUCUCGCUUUCGUCGUUGUUCCCCCCCCCCCCCCACAGACACAUCAGAUGUCUGCAGAUAGUUAGCAAGUCUAUUCUAUUCUAUUCUAUAUAGGUUUUUAUACUGCACUCGUCACUAGUAUCUGAGCUCUUUCCAGCAGUGCAUUAAGAAGUGCAGCUACACAUCUGUCACAUGUUGUUUGUUCUCUCAUCCUCCCCCAGAAGGAGAAACAUGCAGUGAAGUGUCUUGUUUUGGUAGUUUUUAAAAAAACCUUAUUUAUUAAAUAUCCCUGUCUCUACAUGUUUAUAUCAGCGAAGGCAAGGUCAAAGUAAUGUGCCUUGCACUUGGAGCUUGAAAGUGGUGAGGUUAUAAUAGUCAUUACUUCCUGGGGGAGUUCAUUCCACAGUCUUGGACUGGCCCCAGAGAAAAUUCUGUCUCCUGCACAAAUAAACUUGACUCUUUUGUUGAGAUUUCCACUGUGCCAAAAGAGCAUAGCUAACCAUGGGCUUCAUCUUGGAGCGUUAGAUGGUCUUUUAGGGCCCUGACCAUGCAGUGCUUUGAAGAUAAGGACCAAGACCUUGAACUUGAUUUGAAAUUCUAUGGGAAGGGCACAGUGUAGAGCAAGAGGACAGUUGCUAAGGGGAGACACUGCAGUGUUUUGCACUAGUUGGAGUUUCCAAACAGCUGAAGGUUUCAUGCCCAGGUAUAUCACAUUGUUGUAGUCCAGCAGUGAUGAAGGCACAAAUAACUGAGGCCAGGUUUUCAUCUGCUAGGAUGGACAGAGAUUACUCACAGCUGUUGUGAUGAGAGAGGUCAACAUUAGCGAGGAAUCCAAGAGUACUUCUAGACUACAGACUGAAUUGACCAGUUGUGGAUAUGAUCCUUCAGUCGAAGAAGACUUCAUCGGGACUGCAAAGUCUUCAAAAUAUUCUACUCUGCCAAACAGAUUUUCUAAGGCACCAAGGACAUGCAUAUCUAUCUGACGUUCAGUGUAGUUGAGGGUGCCCAGUACUGUUGAAAAUCAGGCCCUUAACCUGUCCUUAUAAUGUAGCCCCUUGUCCAAUGUUGUUGCUUUUCUCUGAAUUUAUUCCUGUUUCUCACUGUCAGAACUAGGGACCGAAUGCUCACCAAUGGCAUUUGAUAUUUAUAGCUCUUCGAUGUUAUACAGCUAUGUAAGUUUGACAUUAUCUUUGAAUUACAGUUUUUUUUGUCUCCAAUAUUAUUCCUGUUGUUAAACUUUGCAGUUGACCCCUUCUUGACAUUGCAUAGGACUGCAAGAUCCUUUUUUUAGAUUCAGCAGAAAUCUUGGUUAUGGCUCUUUUGGUCCUGCCACUUGAUUAACUGGAACAGGUUUGGAGAAGGGCUAUUAGGAUGAUCAGGGGAAUGGAAAGAUGAUUUUAGAGGAAGUUAAAAGAACUUGGCUUGUUUAGCCCAGCAAAUACCUUCACACUUUCUCCCACACCACCCAAUAUGCGCAGGAGCACCCUGUAAAAACUUGCAAUGCCUUUACACUGUCCUCCUUCAAAUGCCAUCUUACAGCUCUCCUCUGCCAUCAUGCCUACAAAGCUGGUGCUGGGACUGCAGCUUAGCACUUUGAUCAGAAUCAUCUCCCUGUUACCCUGAGUUGCUGGGCUUUCUGCUCCUUCCUCGCCUGCGAAUUGCCUGCUUCCUGCAGCAGCCGUGAUUGGCUGCUCUUCCCCAGGAGGCAGACAAAUGGGGCCAGACAGUCAAUCAGAGAGGAGUUUUCCCUAGAUGGUGUUAAAAAUGUGUGCCCCUCAGCCACCUGUCUCACUAUUUAGAAAUGUAAUUUCCUGGGGCUACACCACUGCAUAUUCUGAGCACUGGCUAGACUAGAACCCAGUUCACCUGGCUUGCCUCGCUGCUCUAAUGAGUCCAUCACAUUGUGAUGACCUGCCUUUCCUGCUGUUUCUCUGAUCACUUCCCAGCCUCAUCACUUAUUUGGUUUGAUUAUUAUUACAUUGGUUUUCUGCUUUAGUGAUGUGUCCUCCUGUUAUCUUUACUGAGCACUUUAGAUGACAGGCACUGGAAAAGUCAAUAAAAUGUAGGGUAAUGUUUUCAAAAGUACAAUUUCCAAAGGUGACUCUAGCAUUAGGAACCUAAGUCUUACUGCAGGUAAAUUUGAAAAGUUUUGUCUAUUAGCAUAACAGUGGCUUUCUCCCAGUCCUCUGGUACUAUCCCAGUUUCUAAGAUUUAGUACAAAUUAAAAUGAAUAAUUUGGAGAACUCUUCAGCCAACUCUUUUAAAACUUUUGUGUGCAAAUUAUCAGUUUUGCAGAUUUUGUGUAACAUCUGUUUUAGUUACUGUUGAAACAGAAAGUGUUUCACCAUAAUUAUAUAAAUAAAUAACUACAUAAUCCA